UCCAAGUAAGCAGCUACAUACAUACAUACGUCCUCCAUUAGCAGCAGCAAAAGCUAGCAACAAGAAUCAGAGUAACCUGAUCAAACAUCUCAGCCAUGGCGGGGAUGACAGCAGUCGGCAAGAAGCUGGCCCUUGCGGCGGCGCUGCUGUGCGCGGCGGCGGCCAUGGCGGCGGCGCAGCAGGCGUCCGGCGUGCGCGCCACGUACAACUACUACAACCCGGCGCAGAACAACUGGAACCUAGCUGGGACGUACUGCGCCACGUGGGACGCCAGCAAGCCGCUGUCGUGGCGCAGCAAGUACGGCUGGACCGCCUUCUGCGGGCCCGCCGGUCCCACUGGACAGGCCUCAUGCGGGCAGUGUCUCCUGGUGACGAACUCGGCGACGGGGGCGUCGCUGACGGUGAGGAUCGUGGACCAGUGCAGCAACGGCGGGCUGGACCUGGACUACGACACGGCGUUCAAGCCGCUGGACACCAACGGUGCGGGCCUCAAUGCUGGCCACCUCACCGUCAGCUACCAGUUCGUCAACUGCGGCGACAACUGAUGCUGUCAUGAACAUGAUUCUUCCAAGAAUUAAUUAUAUGUAUGUAUGUGAUUCCACACGUUACCUGUCAAUAAGUGGGCGUCUAGUUGCAACCAUUGCUAUUGAAUCAUGCGUGUCUGAGUUGUACACCAUAAAACAUAUAUACGCAAAGUGGAAUAAAAACUGAGUUACGUGAGUACUUGACUACUCGUGUAAGGGCAUGUCUCAAGAAAUGCAAAACACCUCAAGGUGAACGAA